CUUUCUUUUGGCCUGUGUUCAUUAAAUUGGCAUAGUAAAAGUUAACAUGAUAGGCAAGCAAAGUCAGCCGGAGAACAAUGAGGACAAUCAAUCAAGAAUAAAAUUGAUAGCGAACAAACGAAGGUUCUUGGAGGAGAAAUCUGCUCAGAUUGAGGCUGAAAUCAAAAAUUGUUUCAAUGAAUUAGCAAAAGCCCUUCAAGCUAGAGAGAAACAACUGCUACGUCAGGCUGAAGCCAUUCAUAGACAACAACUUUCACUAGUAGAGACUUCGUUGGACUUUCUGCCAUCAUCAAUAGUAGUCCUGAAUGAUAGAAGUGAGCUGGAAGAACGAAUACGCCAGUUUGGUAACAUUGAGACACAUGGAUUGAAUGGCAUUACAGUGAAGGAUGCAGAGCCAUAUAAAGUUGUAGAUUAUCAAGAUGCUAAUAAAGAUCAUGUUAGCUUCGACAAAGCAAUCACAUGUCAAAAAAUCAAAAAUCAAGAUCUGAGCCUUCCACGUUGCAAGGACUUUAUAUCUGAUUACAGAACUCUGCGUAUUUCAAGUUUGCCUAUCACUUUCAAGAAUCAUCUACAAGAUUCGCAGAAUGUAAAAAGUAAUGCAUUAAAGAUUUUCAAAAAUACAUUGUCUUUGUCAGGAUACUCACCACUUUUGAUUAUAAAACGUAAACUUGGCCUAACACAUGUAUCUUUAGAUGGAUUGCAUGCUUUCGACAAAGUAUAUUCACGGACUAUACAGUCUCUUGAAAUGUCAUGUAAAAACACAGAGUCCUGCAGGCUAGAUAUUUUGACAAAUGAAGAGAUUGAAAAUAAUUUACGAGAAUUAGAUAAGGAAGUGUCGAGUCAGGGUGAGUCUGAAUUGAUUAGAUAUUCAAAGCAACGAAAGAUAAACUAUGAGCAUCCAAUACAAGUGCAGCAAUGGUUACAACAAAUUCUUGCCGAGACUGAGAUAGAACCUGCGAUUCAUGAAAUCGGGCAAUUUUCAGAAAUAUCCAAGGUGAAACUUUGUAACAAACUGUAAUCUUAUUUAUCAAUCGGUAUUUAUAUUGGGGCCAAAGUUUCCAGAGAUAUGGAAAGCAAACUGAAAAGGCUGAUCUACCUUAGAAUUACAUACCAGAUGCUUUUAAUUUAUAUGAUCUUUCGUAAAAUAAAUUGAAACGAUAUCGUUACACAGUAAUCCACACAGGACUCCAAGAGGAACACGAGAAAGGACAGCAAACUUAAUAAAAAAAAGGGAGAAAGAGUAAAAGAUUUAUUGUGUACAUUGAUAAACUUUAGUACGUCUGCAACAGAUAGUUAUUGCUUUGUUCCUCUUGUUCAUAUAACAAACGUUUUGAAAAAUGAAAAAGAGUAAAAGAUUUAUUGUGUACAUCGAUAAACUUUAGUAUCUCUACAACAGAUACUUAUUUCUUGUUUAUGCAACAAACACUUUUUCAUUCUUGAAAUAUCGAACAAAAUUAGUGCCCUUUUGAAAAAUAUUGCUUAAAAUUCAUAAUAUCAAUAUAAUUUAAUCAAUAUAAUUUAUGAAACAAUUUAUAAGACUGUAUUUAUAAGAUUUUAUUCUAUUAAAAAUAUAUCGCGUAUUUAUUUUAUCGUGUAUAAGUCUUCAAUUUAUAAGCAGUUUGCUGUGUUAUGUUAUCGAUGAACAAUAUAUUGGUCAAUGAAUCUUGAAUAAAUGAAUAAUCUUGAUGCAA